UGCCGCUGCCGCCGCCGCUGCUGCCGUUGACGGUGCCAGUGCCGCGUCGGCGUCGCCGGUCCGACAAAAGUCGCGGCCGCAGAUAAGAAUCCCGCGAGUGUUCGCUCGAUAUUGGAGCCGCGCGACGAAGCGCCGAAGGUCGUACAGCGACGUACAGCGACACGCAUGAUCUGACUGGCUCCGGAUCGAGGCACGCGGGUGUGUUUCGGCUACCUUGGUACAUGCGUGCGUGCGUGCGUGCGUGCGUGUGUGUAUAUAUACGCGAGAGACUGGAUCGUUCGCAGAAUCGCAAACGAGUCUCUUUCUCUCUCUCUCUCGUCGAGAUCUUGGUGGAGACUAGUCGCUUAUUAUUAUCGCGCUACAACGAUCGGCUCUCAGUCGCCGAUGCCGACAGAAAACUGAAUUGAAGCAACGUGCGCGCGCUUGUAUCUUCAGACCAGGCUGUUGAAGACACAUCUCCAAAAGAUUAUCGAGAUUAUUAACGAAGUGCAUGUGCCUAUAAAAGACAGGGCAUUUACACGCUUCACUUUACCCUAUUUGGAUCGCAACGUAACGCGGAAGUAUAUCGAUCGCGAGGACAAGCAGUGUAAAUUGGAAAUCUGAGACGGAGAACGGACACCUGGGAGGGACGUGUGGCAAAGAAACGGAGAUAUGGAAACGACGUGAAGCGUCGAGUAUCGCAUGCCGAUAAGAUCGUGAAAUCGCGAUUCGAGAUCAGCGCAGGAGCGGUCGUGCGACACCGGAGGUGCGGAUGUUCGUGCUCUCGGGGCACCUCUACGAGUGAAGGCAAUGUGAAACGCGUUCUUCUGACGCGAUGUUACGUCAACGCGCGACUCGUAUGGUGAUUUUGAGAGCGAGUGUCGAGACGACUCCGUGAAAGCGGUCUGUCACGAUUACGAAGCUAAUUGAUUCAGCGCUAUUCGGAGAAAACGCACGAGAUUCACGUCGGAACGAAAUUUCUGAGAUCAAAAGGACAUUAACUGACGCUUGAAGUUUUUAUUAAUUCUCUUUGGGCAAGUCAUUUAUAUUACAUAAGAUUAGGGAAAACCCAGGCAGCGCACACCAUGAUCAAUUCCGGCCGAGUUACGCCGAUCCGAAUCGAGAACUGGACGCUGCAACACGUCUCAAUUCCAGAUUGCUCGUCUGUGAGCUCCCUGGAGGAGGAUUACGGAUCAACCUCGUCAACCGAGUCUGAGGACAUGUCUACCAGUCCAGACACGUUCUGCCGCUCGAGCGCGGGCGCGGGCAAGAGCUUCGAUCUCGACGAGGACUUCCGCGAGAAGCUGAUCAAAUAUGAAGACAUAAUCGAGAAGAUUGAGAAUCUACGGCUUGCGCGCAACAACGACGAGGACAACGAAGAUGUCGACAAUGAGAACGUCGGCAGGACACGCCACAUCAGUUGCGAAAACGUGGACAACAUAAAAUAUCGGGACAGCUGCAAGUUGCAAACGGGCCGUCAUACUGAUAACGAGGACAUAAACAACAACGAGGAUAACGUCACGGUUGAUGACAAUGAAGGCUGCCUGCCGCUUAACAUACGCGACGACAAGAAUCGAUGUCACUCUUUAUACGAUGGGAAUUCCAUAGACGACGAUUCGGAGGCCGAACAGGAGGGACGGCAGGAGCAGGAGGACUCCGACGAUCCCGAUCUGAGACAACGAGGACCGAUCAAGCCCAAUUUCCAACCCCCUCGGGCACUAUCAUACCCUUACUCCAUGGUGACCUGGCUGCAAACGACGCAUGAAAACGACGGCGCAGACGCCGCCUACGCGGUGGAUUACGAGAAAACUGCCGAGCAGAUACUGAGGAACAAGGAUUACAGCGAGAAAUUGAAUCCUUGCUUGGACCAGUUGUCGGACUCGAGUCGAAAUCAGAUGUUGAUCGGAACGAUGAAUCUGGGAAUAAAUUCUAGCUGGAUCGAAGAGAAUGACAACGUUAUCUUCCGUAACGGAGAUUCUAACAACGAUACCGCGGCGCUUCCCUCCAUAGUCGUCGACGAUCCGGGAGAGGAGUCCUUGAUGGACAUCCUGUCGCGUGGCGGUUUUCAAGCCGCGUUGCUCUCAGACGCCAGUAGUCACUCGAUACCCUCGCCAGGCGCGAAAACCUGGUCCGAUUCCCCGGCGAGUAGCUACAACUGCGUCGUCUCGAGGUCGAAUAGUCGGGCAUCGAGUCGCGCCCAGUCACCGGGCUCCGCUACGAACCUGGAGUCACCGCAGAUGCACGUCAACGUCAUCGGCAGCCCGCUCGGUUCGCCGCAGGUCGCGUCGACAUAUCGUGCGCCGCAAACGUCCUCCUCGUCCUCGUCCAAUCUGUCCUACAGCGACGUGUCCAGCCCGCCGAAUUACCAGACACCCCUGAAUUACCAAACCGAGGAACAUCUUGGCGAAUCCCUGUCCGAUUGGAAGGGCAUUUACGAAUCCUCGGGAACGAUCGUCAACAGCAGCGACACUAUUGACUGUGCGUUGCUUCAGCUCGUGGAGCAGGUCAUAGAGGAGGACAAGCAGAGCAAAGCGUUGAAGGAGCCGCAGGUUGUCUCGAACCCUUGCUUCUCGUCCGCCUACAAUGACCGAUGCGUGUCCGUGCGAGCGUUGAAUCCCGCAUCGCGCGAAUGUCCCGCGAGCGACAUGCAAAGCGAAAAGUUGCAGGCCAUAGGCAUACCCCACGCAAACACCAUCCAGGUCGGGGGCUUACCCAUCGACGGCGAUCUCGUGUCGGUUUAUGCAAGUAAGGGUAGCACCGGUGGAUGCGCGUUUGUGAAUCGCGCGAUGAACGGUCAUGCGACGGACAUGGAGGCAAGGUAUUACGAGCCGCACGCGAAGAACGGCCAGGUCAACACGUCAAUCGUGCCACAGCACGACGCAAACACCCUGCACGAGAUCGGACUGACCGACGAGACGUCCGCAAAGACAUCCGAGCAAAACUUGCGCGCGUCGCAGGAGAAGUACACGAUGUUCCAUGUCGCCGGUGGAGAGAAGAGAUACGACCAGCCUACAUCGAUGUUUGUACCUAGCGACUAUCAGAUACCAACAAUGGUCUCCUCGUUCGAACCCAGCCGUCCACAGAGAAACUCGAAUCGAAAUAUAGUACCGUGGCCUUCGCUAAACUUGCCGUCUGUAAGAGCGAGCGAGAGGCUAAAGGAAGGAUUGCAUCCUAAGGAAGUGGAAAGAGCCAUGAGUAAUCUGCUGAAGAAGUCCUUAGAGGAAUUGGCGGCCACAGACGAGGAUGGUGAUACAACGCUGAUGUGUCUGGUGGGCAAUCCGGAGGAAUUGGCAAAGAAGAAAGCUUACUUGGCGCCAUUGGUCGAAAGAUUGGGCAACCUACCGGGCGCUCUAUCAAUGGUGAACAAUCGCAACGAGGACGCUUUGUACUUGGCCGCCAUAAAUUGCCCGGAAAUGCCUUACGUCACCGGAUAUUUGGCCGCCGCAAUGCUGCAGAAAGGGAUCGAUAUCAAUCAAAGAUUAUAUCACAUGCGCGGCGACACGCUGAUACAUUCGAUUGCGGCACGCGGUGAUUCCCACGGGGACGUCUUAGCGGAGCUGUUGGCGUUGAAGACGAUACAAGGGAAUCCUGUGUUCGACCUGUCCAGGUGUAAUUACGAUGGGAAAACCGCUCUUCACAUCGCAGUCGAAUCGCACGAUCCCACCGGACAGGGCGUCAAGUCCUUGGCCACGACGCGGCUUCUCUUGGAGAACGGCGCGAGCAUCAAGGUCAAAGAGAACAAGUGCGGCGACACUGCUUUACAUAUGGCAGCCUCAUUGAGUUGCGAUCCUGCACUCGUGAAGGUGUUGCUGUGCAAGGCCACAUCAAAUGUCAUGAACGAGACCAACUAUAUGUACAACACACCGCUGCACAUGGCCGCGGCGGUCUCAAAUACCGUAAACUUGGAGAAGCAGAAAGAGGUCUGCCGACUUUUGAUACAAGCCGGAGGCCAGACGAACAUACAGAAUCGGCAAGGGAAGACGCCGCUGGCGCUCGUGUUGCUGGAAAGGAAAGAAGCUAUCAAGAGGAUAUUCUACAAGAAAGCGUGAUAACCAUAAAAUGGAAUGAGCUCGAUGAUGGGCUCUACAUAAGACUGAUCUUCGCGGAAGUAUUUAGGAGCACUGGACGCUCCUUGGCGCUUUCCGCUCCGUUUCGUGAACUCUUGCGGCAGGAUUCGCAAUAGUUCAUUACAAGCAAACUCUCAAGACUGUGACUCAAGCCGGAAAGGAGUACCAACGAUAUGUACAAUCAUUGUACAAUCGCAUGAAAUUACCAGGGAAAUUAUUGUAGUCCCGAAUUGCGCGAGUCGAUAAGGAAAAAAAAACGUAAUUUACUAUAGACAUCUUCGUAUUCGUAGUGUCUGUUUGGUAUCAGACAUGGACAGAGUCUUUUUUUUAAGACUAACUAUCAAUGUUCUUUAAACGGGAAAAAAAUAAGAGAUAUAUAUUUUACAUAUAUAUAUAUAUAUAUAUAUAUAUUUAUAUUUAAAAUUAUGUUCACGAUACUUCGUCGUCUUUACCUUCAGAAUGACAUUUACUAUUCUAGUUGCAAUCCAGUGAUAUGUAUAAUAUAAUAUUUUAAUAUAAAAAGAGACUAAAUCAAACACACAAAAUCAGGCACAUUCUACGCUAACAAUAAGAAAACAUGUAAAACGAGAGUGUGCCUCAAGAUAUUUUGAUGUUGAUAUAUCGUUAUGUCUUUGAAUUGUGCAAUUAAGACAGGGAAUACUAUAAUAUUACCACCUUAAAUAGUAUAAUUGUGUAGUCAUUGCACUCCAGUAAUAUUUAAAUGGCUAACAAAAGCGGAUAUUUCUAAUAUUUCAGACCAAGUGCUUUCUAUAACAUUAUAAUUCAUGUUAAAUUUCGAUCAGUCUCGCUUAUCUAGCUGAUUCACGAUACUUUAUUUCCUUCUUCUUUUUUGUUUUCACUUGUAUACCGUAACACCAACUUGCAUUCUCUUGGUUUACAAUUUAAGUAUACAGAAGGUUUUUUAUAUUCAGUUGCUCAAAGUUUUACUAAAUAAUCGCAACGUUAGCAAAGCGGAAUUGUUCUGUUACAAUAUUUACAGUGUCUUUCUUUGAUUAACGUGUACAUAUCGUUUACUGAUACUAUCUUAUAUUAGCUAACAAUUAACGUUUAAAUAUGUAUUAAUUUUUCUUCUCAUCAAUUAUGCCUAUGUAUUUAUACAGAGUGAAUUUUACAUCGAACCGGCCUGUUUUCCGCGAAGCGAGUUUUCCCACAGUUUUCCCAGCUAUACUCAUUUGUCAAACCGACCGGCAACAACGGGAAAGAUCUCACGUCGAGAAGUUUCCUCUAAUUUUCUCCAUUGUAUCGCAUUAUUCGCCAUUUUUACGUGGAAACGCUGGCUGGAAGGAGCGAAGUGUUAAGUCAGCCGGCUGCAAAAAUCGUUACGUGGAAUAAUCAACGAACGUAAAUAUUAUUGCGGGAUAAGAGGGAAUAAACCGUGGCGCCAAUCUUCUUGGCGCGUGUACGGACGUAUACUUUCUGAUUGUUCCACGAAUCGAAAAGCUGGCGCCGUAAAAGUCACCACGUACGGUGACUUCGCUAGCGGUGCGGAAGUGCGGCGUGUUGCGGGAAGCGUGCGAGCGUGCGUGCGUACAUGAGUGCGCGAGUUGAGUGUGCAUCGAUAAAAGUGUGCUACAUUAACAUAUAUGUAAAUUGUAAAUACAUUUUUAUACACACGACUGGUGUGCGCCGCCUGGUAUUCCCGUCUCCUCCCAUACCGCGAGCGAUGUUGUAAUCCCUUGUUUAAUUCUACUGUGCGGUAUGUCCUAAUGCACAUUGAGUCCUUGUUCAUUAAUAUCUAUGUAUAACAACGGUGACAAAUUCAAACGCGCGUUCCGAGAUGUGACCUGAGCAGCAGAAUUCGGAUACCCCGAUGCAAAAAUAAAAUAAAAGCAGGAUACUUAUAUGUCUAUUCUUGCAAAAAGUAUUCCGCAUACUAUUAAAAUAAACACAUCAAGAACGACGCGCUGUGUUUUAUUUGUAAAAAAAGACAGAUAAAUUAGUGCGCAUUUUAACAUACUAAUCCUUCGCCCAAUUUAUAUCGUAUUUUUGGCUUUAAAAGACAGGGGAAUGAUUAGUUUAAUGGCUUUAUCGCCAGUCACGCCCACUGUUCAAUUCGCCACUGUUUAGCAACUCGCUUAAUGUAGAUUAACGUAAUUAUUAUUCUCGGCAUUUCAACGUGAUGAAUUAUUAAGUUUACAGAGAUAACGAUUGCUCAGUCUCUCAUCAUGAUCCAUCACACGAUUUCUUUUUUCCUUAUAUUUGCGUCGCGCAUGUAUAAUGUUUAAUACGUGGAAUCAUAGGUAUUGCAAAUUAAUACAAACUAACUAAUCUGUAAUUUAAUUUGCCGUUGCUUUAUCAUAAAUGAUUCUGUUCGACGAGUUCUGACGAGCAUAUCAAUUAGAUAUUUUUUACAAUACUAUAAUGUUAUUGUAUUAUAUAUUAUAUAUAUAUACAUAUUUAUUUGAAGAUGUAUUUAUUAUUUCUUCUGUGACAUCACAAUAUUGAUCCAAAUAAAAUAUACGCAUUUUAUGCUGCAUAAAUAGAAA